AAACACAACAAAAACAAGAAUCCUACAUUCAUUGUCUCUGAAAUGGCUCCGGCAAAAAAUGAAGCUGGAGCUGACAUUCCUCUAUUGCCAAAGACAAAAUCUAAUACAAGAGAAAAUCAACUACUGAUUUUAAGAGCAGUUUUUAAUGUUUCAACAAGUAUUAUUGGUGCUGGAAUUAUGUCUGUUCCAGCAACUCUGAAAGUCUUAGGUGUAAUUCCAGCUUUUAUAUUGAUUGUGUUGGUUGCCUUGUUGGUUGACAUAUCGGUUGAUUUCAUGUUGAGGUUUACGUAUGCGGGCGAUUCGAAAACUUAUGCUGCAUUAAUGAAUGAGUCUUUUGGGAAGAUUGGUUCUGUUGCAGUGCAAAUUGCUGUUAUGUUCACCAAUCUUGGUUGCUUGAUUAUGUACCUUAUUAUUAUUGGAGAUGUUCUUUCUGGACAAGGAGAACAUUUUGGUGUUCUACAAGAAUGGUUUGGGAUUCAUUGGUGGAAUUCCCGUAAUUUCGCCAUCCUCUUCAUUGUCUUGUUUGUUAUGCUUCCUCUAGUCCUCUAUCGACGUAUUGAAUCAUUGUGGUUGAGUUCAGCAUUAGCAGUUCUCCUAGCAAUUGUAUUUGUUGUCAUAUGUUCGGUAAUGGUAAUUAUAGCAAUCCUAAAAGGAAAAACAGUAAGUCCAAGAAUGUUACCUCAGAUGGAUAAUCAAACAUCUUUCUUCAACCUUUUCACCGCCGUCCCUGUCAUUGUUACAGCAUUUACAUUUCACUUCAAUGUUCAUCCUAUUGGAACUGAGCUGGGAAAACCAGCAGCUAUGUCGUCCGCUGUCAAGAUUUCAUUAGUACUAUGUGCAGCUAUCUAUUUUUCAAUUGGCAUUUUCGGGUACCUUUUAUUCGGAGAUUCAAUCAUGCCAGACAUACUUGUAAAUUUCGACAAAUCAUCUGGUACUUCAGCAAUCAGUUCAAUGCUAAACGACAUAGUUCGUUUGAGCUAUGCAUUUCAUCUAAUGCUGGUGUUUCCUCUCUUGAACUUCUCCUUAAGGGCCAAUAUAGAUGAACUCAUUUUCCCUAAGAAGCCCUUUUUGGCCACUGACAACAAACGAUUCGUGUCUCUUAGUUUGGUUUUGUUAGCCUUCUCAUAUAUAGCGGCCAUUUUUAUCCCGUCUAUAUGGUACAUUUUCCAGUUCAUGGGAUCAACUACUGGUGUUUGUCUUGCUUUCAUAUUUCCAGGUGCAAUUGCCCUGAGAGAUGUUCAUGGUAUAUCUUCGCGAAAAGAUAAGAUCAUUGCAGUGAUCAUGAUUGUCCAAGCAGUUGUGACUAGCCUUAUAACAAUUGCUACAAAUAUCUACAAUAUGAGUGGAAAUAGUUCGUAGUUUCUUGCUUGUCAAUAUGAUUUUUUUACAUUUUUUAAAUUUUUUUCAUAGAUGAGUUUGUUUGUAUUCUUAGGAUUGAGGCGUAGCUGUUAUUGUUGUUGUCGAGUUUGUCUGUAUUAUUAUGUAACACUAUCAACAAUGUCCAGCAUUUUUGUGUGAAUACAAGAUUCAGCCAAACUUAGGAUUAUGAAGUUCA